UUGGAACUCUCUGACCUGUGCGGUGUGAUAGAACUCCAAUCUGUUGAACCGUCACAUUUGGUAAAGGGGGGAUGGAGGGUUGUGAAGUCUGGUAACCCCUGAGCAUCUCGAGGGCCGACAGAUGAUUCAGAAGCAGCACACUGUUUUCCAAUUUCAGGCUGGCUCAUCCUUUCCAGUUCCUCAUGAGACUGACGGGUAUAAAUACGGUGAUACUGCUUUCAUCAGUAGAGCAGUGGAAUCUGUUCCUCUUGCAUUCUUCAACCACCGCUCAACGAUAUUCCAAAACAGUAGACUCAUUUAGUUCACAAUUCAACAAGCACUUCGCUCCAUCCCACCACCAUGCUCUUCAAACACACUAUUCUCUCCACCCUCAUGGCAUUCUCCUCACUGGCUCUUGCUCUGCCGGCUGCCAACCCUGCUGCACUCUCCGUUCGAGAUGAGGAGUAUGGCGCUGACUACAAGCGCGACGAGCCAGCCAUGGAUAUUUCUGUCUGCAAGCGUGGCGAUGUCAACCAGUCUCUGAGCUGCCUCCGCAAGAAGAGCGCUGUUGCGGACGAGUCCCUGACUGCCAAUUGAACGUUUGACCUUUUGCACGGUUGAACGGUUAGCUGUUAGGGCGAGACAUUCAGUCGAAGUGUAGCUCGACAUGUUCUGUAUUGAGUUGUUCCGAGAUGGAUUUCUCUUGAAUGGAUAGGGGUAACUGCGAUU